GAUCGCGAGGGUUACGUACCGCAAACUUGGAAUCCAGAAUGGGUUUAGUUGCAACGGAGGAGCCAAACGCUGCGACCCGACUUCAUGCUAUAAAAGCUGGGCAAGUUGUUUCUAAUCCAACAACAAUGUCUGCCCCAGAAACCGCUACCAAGUUCUCUUCGCCCUCUUUCUCCUCUGUCGGUGGACAGGUCGUUGGCCGCUCCAAUAGGCAGGCUGCCGCACCCGUCAAGGAGGCUUUGAAGCUCCGCUUGGACCUCAACCUCGAGGUCGAAAUUGCCAUCCAGGCCAAGGUUAAUGGUGACAUCACGUUGUCGCUCCUUGAGUAGACAUGUCACUAUAAUUGAGUGCAGUUGGUUCAGUCGGCCAUGAAUUUCAGGAUUUGCUUGAGUCAAUGUGGGCGUGAUGGUGGAUAUAGGAUUUAAUUGAAUGUACUGUUGUUUCGCGUAGCGCUGCUUUUCUGUAAUCCAUUUCGUGACCGAC